AUGCGGGAGACCCCGGGGCGCGAGGAGUCGGAGCUGGGCAUGGAGGCCCCUUGCACGGCACCGUGCCACGCGCAGCGCAUCUUGCAGACACUCAACGAGUACCGGCGGAGCGGCACCCUCACCGACGUGGUGCUGCGCGCCGGCGGCCGCGACUUCCCAUGCCACCGCGCCGCGCUCAGUGCGGCCAGCGCCCACUUCCGCAGCCUCUUCUCGGCCGGCCGUCCCGAGCGUGCAGCGGCCGUGGUCCCGGUAGGGUCCGAGGCGCCUGGGGCGGCGGCGGCGCUGGCCGUCGUGCUCGACUACGUGUACGGCGCGGGGCUGCGGCUGCGCGCCGAGGAGGAGGCGACUUCGGUGCUGGCGCUGGCUGAGCGGCUGGGCGUGGCGGGACUGCGCGAGGCGUGCGCUCGCUUCCUCGAGGGUCGUCUGCGGGCCGCCAACAGCCUGGCGCUGCGCCGCGUGGCCGCCGCCUUCUCGCUCGCCUCUUUGGCCGAGCGCUGCGGCCGCGUGCUGCGCCAAGCCUUCGUGGAGGUGACGCGCCACGCCGAUUUUCUGGAACUGGCGCCCGACGAGGUGGCGGCGCUGCUGGCCGACCCCGCGCUGCGCGUGGCGCGCGAGGAGGCCGUGUUCGAGGCGGCCAUGCGCUGGGUGCGCCACGACGCGCCGGCUCGCCGCGGGCACCUGCGUCGCCUGCUGGAGCACGUGCGCCUGCCGCUGCUGGCGCCUGCCUACUUUCUGGAGAAGGUGGAGGCUGACGAGCUGCUGCAGGCUUGCGGCGACUGCCGCCCGCUGCUGCUCGAGGCCCGCGCCUGCUUCAUCCUGGGCCGGGAGGCGGGCGCGCUGCGGGCCCGGCCGCGGAGAUUCAUGGACCUAGCCGAAAUGAUCGUGGUCAUUGGCGGGUGCGACAGAAAGGGGCUUCUGAAGCUGCCUUUCGCUGACGCUUACCACCCAGAGAGUCAGCGCUGGACCCCGCUGCCCAGCCUGCCUGGGUACACACGCUCUGAAUUUGCCUCCUGUGCACUUCGAAAUGACAUUUACGUUUCUGGAGGUCACAUCAACAGCAGAGAUGUCUGGAUGUUUAGCUCCCAUCUGCACACCUGGAUCAAGGUUGCCUCCAUGCACAAGGGCAGGUGGAGGCACAAGAUGGUGGCCCUGCAGGGACAGCUCUUUGCAGUGGGUGGUUUCGAUGGCCUGCGGCGCCUGCGCAGCGUUGAGCGCUACGACCCAUUCUCCAACACCUGGGAGGCCACGGCGCCCCUGCCGGAGGCCGUGAGCUCUGCAGCAGUGGCGCCCUGCGCUGGUCAGCUCUACGUGAUUGGGGGCGCUGGGCAGGACGGUGUCAACACUGACAAGGUGCAAUGCUUUGACCCCAAGGAGGACCAGUGGAGUCUGCGAUCACCGGCACCCUUCCUGCAGCGGUGUCUGGAUGCCGUCUCCCUGGAGGACACCAUUUACGUGGUGGGCGGCCUCAUGAGUAAGAUUUUCACCUACGACCCUGGCACCGACGUCUGGGGAGAGGCAGCCGAGCUGCCAGGCCCUGUGGAGAGCUGUGGCGUGACGGUGUGUGACGGGAAGGUCCACAUUCUUGGUGGGCGGGACGAACAUGGGGAGAGCACAAAUAGCAUCUUCACCUUUGAUCCUAGCAGUGGGCAGGUGGAAGCCCAACCAUCACUGCAACGCUGCACCAGCUCGCACGGCUGCGUAACCAUUGUCCAGAGCCUGAGCAGGUGACUGGGACAGCCUAAGCCAGGAGGAAAUUAGGGCACGGCAGUUGGCUCUUCCUGGAACUUCAUGUGAAUAGUCCUUUAACUUAUUGCCCCUUUCCUUGUAAAAAUAAAACGUUUUUCAGAAGUUGGGUGUGUUCCAGCUCGUGCCUGCUUUGUCCGGAGGAGGUAUCCCUAUCAGUUCCUUCCUGCUUUUGCAGCUUGCCAGGACUCCUCUGCCACUGUGGGCCACCCAGACAGCCAUAUUUACUUAGACUACUGUUCUGGACACUGGAGAGUGCAAUUGGCACAAGGACGAAGGUGCCAGCAGAUUCUGUCUGGUGAGGCUCUACUUUUUAAGUUCCCCUCCACCUCUCCAAAUGACGCUAAUCCAGAUGACUUACUCAUCUACCCAAUGAACCCUACUUCUUUCUCAAUUUUAUCCAUUUACUAUAGUGAGUUCAUGUUGUAUGUAUACAUGUGCACGAAGUACAUGCAGAGGCCAGAGGACAGCUCUGUGGAGUCUGUUCUCUUCUUUUAUCUUUACCUGAGUUCUGGGGAUCCCAACUCAGGUCAUGGGGCAGCAUGGCAAGCACUUUGCCAGCUGAGUCAUUGCACCCGUCCUCAUUCAGUGCUAUGACAGAGGAUGAGGUCCCAGUGUAGCAGUUUCGGAGGAAUGUCCUCAUCCAGCUGUUAGCACAGCCAUUACCUCAUUUCCUUUUAUUAAUGUGGACAUGUAUUCUUUUUAUUUUAC